AUGUCGUCCGAGUCCCGCAAGCUCUCUGGCCAAUACCACCUGACCGGCGCAGACAUUGUCGAGUCGAUCGACGAUCUCGGCUCGGGUGGCCGGUGGGAGGAGUUGAAGCGCGCUGCUCACACCGGCAGCGAUGCUCCGCAGAGCGACACAACAAGCACUGGCUUCACCACCCACAAGGCUCCCGAUCGCACGCAGUCUUUCCGCCCGUAUGAGCCAAAGGGACCUAUGAGUAUGGCCAAUCCUGCUCGUGGAUGGGGCAAACGAACACUGACUAACUGCACCUUGGGACUAGGCACCGAGCAAAGCGAGGAUAUCCAUCCCCAUGAGCCUGUUAUCACUUUUCAGCUUGAAAACCAUACACCACCACGAAUUAUUGAACAACAACCCUCUCAACACACAAACAAGCAAACCAGAAUCAUUAUAAUCUCACCCCCCACACAAAAACAACGAAAAAUGACCCUCGUAAUCCUGGGCGGAGGCAUCAUCGGCCUCUCGACCGCCUACUACGCCGCGCAAGCCGAGCCGACGCGCAAGAUCCAGAUCGUCGACUCGGCGUCCGCGCUCUUCCAGUCCGCCUCGGGAUUCUCAGGCGGCUUCAUCGCCAAGGACUGGUUCUCAGACGACGUGUCCUCGCUCGCGGACCUGUCCUUCCGACUGCAUCAGCAGCUCGCGGACGCGCACGACGGCCGCCGGAAAUGGGGGUACGCGGCUAGCCAGGCCUUCGGAGUGACGAUGGAUGAGCUGGAUGCGCAGGGCCGGAAGACCGGCGGCAAGGUGCGCGGUGAGGAUUGGUUGUUGUCUGGGACGAGUCGGGCGGAGGUUGCCAAGCAGUUCUCUUCUUCAACGUCGACUAGUGGUCAGGGUUCAGGGCCGGUGAUGGUGGAGAAGGAUGCCAGGGUCGAUGGGCAGGGCAACCCGACGUGGAUGAAUCGCCCCGAUGGCGAGAGUGUCGUUGAGGAGAUCUCCAGUGAGGCUGGCUGUGCGCAGGUCGAUCCCAAGGCGUUGGUUGAGUGGUUGCUUGCGCAGUGUCGAGAGCGCAGAGUCGAGAUUCUGCUGAAUACGCGCGCGACAGGGUUUGUGCGGGACCAAGAGGGCAGGAUCGAGGCCGUGCGCGCCGAGCAGCGCAUGUCGGCGUUCAGUACGCCUGUGGAAAUCUCGUUGCCGUGCAAGGAUGUCGUCAUUGCCGCUGGGUGCUGGACGCCUCGCGUGUUUCAGACGCUGUUUAAACGGAAGAUGGCCGUGGGCAUCAACGGGCUGGCCGGAUAUAGUGUCAUUGUGCGCUCGCCGCGGUACACGCGCUCCGUGGCGCAGAAGGACCACUCGAUCUUCUGCGCGCCCGGCCCGCAAUGGGAGUUCGCGCCGGAGAUGCUGGGCCGUGUGAACCACGAGGGGAUCCCCGAGAUCUACAUUGCCGGGCUGAACAGCGACAAGAUGCCGUUGCCGGAGGUCGCGGGCGACAUCCCCAAGUUGCGCGAUCAGGCCCAGGUCGAGCGGCUGCGCGAGGUGGCGCGACUGUUGACCGGCAGCGCCUCGUCGACGUCCAGUGAUCUGGAGAUUGUGAGCGAAGGAUUGUGUUUCAGGCCGGUUUCGACAACGGGUUCGCCCAUCAUUUCGUCGGUCACGGGCGCGGUCAGCAGCGCAGGAGGAAAGGUGUUCGUCGCUAGUGGACACGGGCCCUGGGGAAUCACCCUCGCCCUGGGAACGGGCCAGGUGGUUUCGGAGCUGUUGACCGGCAAGACCCCCAGUGCCGAUAUCAACAGGUUGGCUCUGCAGCAGGAUGUGUCUCUGGUCAAGAGCAACCUGUAAUCGUGCUCUUUCUGUCCCUUUAGCGUGUUUGUUUGUUUGUUUUUUUCUCUUUCUAG